AUUGCAAAUUUCCAAUCGUAAUCGUAAUUUUUAAUUUUAAUGAAUAUGGCUUUUUGAUAAGGCAUUGAGCGCUAGCAUGCCGGUGAUAUAAUACUUCAAAGAACAAAUAGGCAGGAAAAUUGUUAUCCACGUGUUCCCCGAAUAAAUUAACACAAUGAUGGGCUACUGUCCCCCCAAUGUCACCCUGGGGGAAGUGUGGGUGGACCAUGGCAUAUCACAAUGCUUCAUGGAAACUGUAUCUGCUAUUAUUAUUGGAGGUUUCCUUAUGGUAUUUGGAGCUAUACAGAUAGUCAUGUAUAAGAGAUAUGCAACUGAAGUAGUGGACGUCAGAUCUUCACGCUUAUUUGGUGUCCAAUUAUUUUUUACACUAUUUGUACCUGUGCUGGCUGUGAUAAGGUUCCUGCUACAAUCAUUUCUAUUUAAAGGAGGACAUAUCUAUGGUUAUAUGAUUGUGGCAUUAGUAGUGACGCUCGUAAUAUUCCCUUUAUCGGCGUAUUUAGCCAUACUGGAGAAGCGGUUCCUACUGCCUUCUGUACCACCCAGGGGGCAUGGGUUUGUCCUACUAGUAUUUUGGGCGUUGAUAUUCGUUUCAGAGAACUUAUCAUUCUUGAACCUAAACAAAGAAGGAUGGUGGUGGGGCUUAAAGGAUCUUCAAGACCGUCUAGAGAUGGCUCUGUUCGUCGGCCGCUAUGUAUCCUGCAUGAUCAUGUUUGUGCUGGGCAUGAAGGCGCCCGGUAUCAUGCAUCAGUUCGAAUACCUUGAGGGCGAUGACACUCGACGACUGGUCCCGCCUAGGGAUGAUAACAGAUCGACAUUCCGCAAUGUAUUCGGCAAACUCCGCACACUCCUGCCGUUCCUAUGGCCGCGCAAGAGUGCAUGUCUUCAGGUGUACGUCUUCAUUUGCAUCCUGGCUCUGCUGGCCGGCCGAGUCAUCAACCUAUACGUGCCUAUCUACAACAAGCUUAUAGUGGACAGCAUAUCGCUACCACCGCUGGCCUUCCGAUGGGACUUGGUGCUAGUGUACGUUUUCUUCAAAUUCCUGCAAGGCGGCGGCACUGGCGGGAUGGGGUUCCUGAAUAACAUGCGAUCGUUCCUGUGGAUCAAAGUACAGCAGUACACUACUAGGGAAUUACAGUUAGAGCUAUUCAAGCACUUACACGAAUUGCCUCUCCGCUGGCAUCUCUCGCGGAAGACGGGCGAAGUGCUUCGCGUGAUGGACCGCGGCACGGAUUCCAUAGACAAUCUACUGUCAUACAUUCUAUUUUCUAUCACGCCUACUUUGGUGGACAUCAUCAUAGCUGUCGUCUACUUCGUGCUGCAGUUCAAUGCGUGGUUUGGACUGAUUGUUUUCUCUACUAUGGUUCUUUACAUAAUCGCAACAAUCGUCGUAACGGAAUGGCGUACGAAGUUCCAGCGGCGUAUGAACAACGCCGACAAUGAGCAAAAGGCGCGCUCCGUCGAUUCCCUCCUCAACUUCGAAACGGUCAAGUACUAUGGCGCCGAGUCGUACGAAGUCAUUUCGUACAGGGAGGCCAUUGUAAACUAUCAGAAGGAAGAGUUCAAGUCUCUGAUUACGCUGAAUAUGCUGAACACUAUGCAGAACAUUAUUAUUUGCGGCGGUUUGCUUGCUGGUUCCUUACUAUGCGUGCACAUGGUAGUGAAAACUAACGAGUUGACCGUCGGUGACUACGUUCUUUUCGCCUCUUACAUCGUUCAGCUUUACGUGCCUUUGAACUGGUUCGGCACGUAUUACAGAGCCAUACAAAAGAACUUUGUCGACAUGGAGAACAUGUUUGACCUAAUGCGCGUGGAUUCUGACGUCCGCGACGCCGUCGGUGCCCCAGACUUGGUGGUGCGACGAGGCGCGGUGGAGUUCAAACAUGUCUCCUUCGGAUAUGGGCCAGAGAGGCUAGUUUUGAACAACAUUAGCUUCAAAGUACCACCUGGCAGCACUGUCGCUCUGGUUGGUCCCAGUGGAGCCGGCAAGUCUACGGUUAUGCGGCUGUUAUUCCGCUUCUAUGACGUCAAUGAGGGGGCGGUGUUGGUUGACGGGCAAGACGUGAGGACCGUGACCCAAGCGUCACUACGAGCCAAUAUUGGAGUGGUGCCGCAAGACACCGUGUUAUUUAAUAAUACUGUCAGGUACAACAUUCAAUAUGGAAGACUGGAUGCACCGACGGCUGAUAUCAUUUCUGCAGCUAAGAAUGCAGAUAUUCAUGACAGAAUUCUUACUUUCCCGGAUGCUUACGAUACUCAGGUUGGAGAAAGAGGUUUGAAACUCAGUGGUGGAGAGAAACAAAGAAUAGCGAUUGCACGCACAAUUCUUAAAGAUCCAGCUAUAGUAUUAUUAGAUGAAGCAACGUCUGCUUUGGAUACGAAUACGGAAAGAAAUAUUCAAGCGGCGUUGGGUCGUGUAUGUACGAAUAGGACGACAAUCAUAAUCGCCCACAGGUUGUCUACAAUCAUACACGCUGACGAAAUAUUAGUAUUGAAGGAGGGAGAAAUCAUCGAGAGAGGAAACCACGAAGCGUUACUAGCGCAAGGCGGUUUCUACGCGUCCAUGUGGCAGCAACAGCUGGAAAACCGAAACAGCGCUGACAACAACGCCGAAGGAAACAACAACACGCCGCUUGAGCCACCGCAGACCGCGCCAAGCGCUUUCGGCCACGGCCACGGGCAUUUCUGAACACAAAAGACUGAGUGACGGUGCUAGUCGGCGGGGAGAACCCACCACUCGUACAAACGCCCCUUCGCAUUACUGUGCCAUUAUGGCCCACCAAACCUUCAGCUAUUGGCCUUCUAACUGGCUAUUACAGCCCAUCACACCUUCAACUAUAGGCCUUCUGAGUGGCGGUGCUAGUCGGCGGGAGAACUCACCACUCGUACGAGCCCUUCGCGUUACUGUGCAAUUCUCACCUCCUCAAUUGUGUCACGACGACAAGAUGUGUGAAAGCGGUCGGUACCGCCGAGUGGGUGUCGUUAGUGCGACGAAGUGUUGUACGGAUAUGUAAGGAAACGUGUACAUAACUUGACAUUGUGAUAGUAUAAUAAAAACGUACCUAGUAGUAUUACGAUGUGAU